UCGGAUUAUUUCUCUCAAUGUUUAUUUUGAAUAAUCGUUAUUUCGAAGAAUUUAGCUGGGUCCCGACGACUUCGAAAUAGCGGUGUUCUACUGUAUACAGAAACAGUUCAUUCAUUAGUUGUAAUUGCAUUAUGUUUACUAUAUAGUUCAAACUCAAGCUUCGUCAAUGGAGGUCACUGCGUCAGAUAUAUGCUUCAGUGGAAAAAAAAACAUACCAGCACACCUGAUGCAUUUCCGAUGAAUUCAGUCGUGCUUGUAAAUUCCAUCUGGAACCUCCCCCCAUGCCAGCAUGGAGGUUUGCUUCCAUGUGGUGGUUCUGUGGCUGAUAUUUGUGCAAGCUCAAGAAGAAGCAAACUAUCCAAAAAAGAAACCGAGAACCUUUCCGCCCUGUACGCAACAGUGAAAAAAGGAAGAGCUGCGCGAGCAGGGAACGCUAAUGCGGAUACUGACAAUUUUCACUCUGUCAUCAUCAUAGAAAACCCCGAUUACGAAAGUCUACUUACGGGUAGUUCUGAUAGGAAAAAUACACCUUAUUUGACAGAAGACAAUCUUGAACUUGGUACAGACGAAGAUGAUAUUUUCGCAAAUGAAACUGCAAAACUAUUUGUUGAAAGAUGUGGUGUUUAUUAUAACAACGCUAGAGAAGUUAGCAAACUGAAUGUUUCCGAUCUUCCAGAACAUGUACAAAAUAUUUCUUUAAAGGAACUAGAAGAAGAAUUUCAGAAAAUUCCAUACGGUUUUGUGAAAUCCUUUGAAGUUUCACAAACAAAGUUAAACAUGCACAAAAAUAAGUAUCGAAGAAUCUACCCGUAUGAUGAUACGCGAGUUUUAGUACGCGGCGGAGACACAGACUACAUUAAUGCAAGCUAUAUAGACGGAUUCAGAAGACGAAAUGCAUACAUUUCUACUUUGGAAUCAAUAAUACAAUUCUAA